AGUACUAGCUCCCUCUGUGAGGGAGCUAGUAUUGGGCGGCCUAUGUGUUACAUAGUUCACGGAAAAAAAAAAGAACUGCCCGCCUCGGCCUGCUUUACACUGAUGCGUGUAUAGUUUUCCUAUACAUACUUAACCCUAGGGCUUUUGUAUGCCACGAGUCAUGGCCUCCUCCCUUUGCGGAUCAAGGCCAAUACACGAGGAGGAGGAAGAAGCAGAAUUCGAAUUGCAACGGCAUCCACUUUUGACGUCGAAGAAGAAGACGACCACAUCAAGGCGCACAGCAUCUUCUGUCCGUAGCUGCCACUAGACUGCACGUCUUAAUCCAUACAGUUUCCGCCGGACCGAGAGGAAGAACAUGCAGAGAUACAAAAGCCUGGUGAUCUACUGCUACCAUCGCCGUGACCAGGGCAUGGACCGACACGCGUUCCGGAAGCUGCUCUUCGCUUCUAUUCUUUGCCUCAUGUUCAUGAUUUUCGAAGUUGUGGGGGGCCUUUUGGCCAACAGCCUAGCUAUUGCCACCGAUGCGGCCCACCUCCUAGCAGAUUUGACUGGCUUUAUCAUCAGCAUGGGAGCUGUCUGGCUAUCGAGUAAACCACCCACGCGCAACAUGACUUUCGGCUGGUACCGCGCAGAAGUCCUGGGUGCUAUGAUAUCUGUGAUGUUCAUCUGGGUGGUGACUGGGACUCUGCUCUAUUGGGCCAUUUUGCGUAUCAUCAGCGCCAAGACCCACGACAUCAAUGCCAGCAUCAUGCUUGCUUCGGCAUCCAUCGGCAUCAUUGUUAACAUAUUCAUGGGUGUAGCGCUGCAUGUAGGCGGCGUUGCCCACGGCCACUCCCAUGGUCACUCCCAUGCUAUCUUUCAGCAUGGGAGCGGGGCAGACAGCCACCACAGCCACUGCUCCUUGCGGAAAUCCCAUGAGGGUGACGAGGAAUUAGCUGGCGAGGUAGCUGACUCCUCGAAGAUCAAGAACGAGGCAGGAGCAGUCCCUGUCGCACCGGUAGCCAAGCAACGACAGAACAUCAACGUGCAGGCGGCUAUUAUUCACGUUAUUGGGGACCUCCUUCAAAGUGUCGGAGUCUUUAUAGCGGCGCUCGUCAUCUAUCACAAGCCAGAGUAUGAAGUGGCGGACCCGAUGUGCACGUUGAUGUUUUCUGUGAUCGUGAUGUGCACUACGUUACCGAUCGCCUUCGAGGCCUUGACGGUGCUGCUGGAAGGGAAGCCUCCCUGCAUUGACUUCAAGGAGGUGCUCGAGAUGAUGACGAAGGAGGAAGGAGUGCGGCAAGUUCACCGACUGCGUAUCUGGGCUCUUUCUGUCGAACGACUCAUCGUCACUGCGCACAUCGUAAUCCAGCCCAAGCAAGAUGGACUGCGCAUCAUGGACAGCAUAUCUCAUCGACUGAAUGCUGCGUACAACAUUUUUGAGCUGACUCUGCAAACGGAAGGAUUAAAGGACGACGAGGAAGACAUGCCGCAGCCGGACCCACAGUCGCCCAGUUACUCCAUGAUCGAGGUAGCGCCACCAGCUCCCGAGACACCUCCCAAAGAGAAGGGUAGUUCGAAGGACACUUCGCGCACUAUUAUUAGUGUGCAAGACCCAGAAGCAGCUACGAAGACACUUUCCCACCUGAAGAAACAUCACCACUCGAAAACACCUCCCAAAGUGAAGACUGGUGUGCAAGACUCGGACACGGCUACGCGCACGCCGCUUUAAUUAAGGAUAACGUGUUGCCGAGUAGCGAUAUAUCUGAAAAAUACAUCCUACUCUGUUCUC